AUGGAGCAGAUCCGGGAGCUCCCGGGCGGCAAGUUCAUCCGCAAGUACUCACCCGAGCACCCGCUGUUCGAUGCUGGCACGCGUCUGUGGGCGACCAAGUACUACCAAGCGCCAGAGUGCGAGAGCAAAUCCCCCGCUAUAACAUGUCGACUGGCCAACUGCGAUGUGAGCUUCCAGUCCGUUGCGGCGUAUGAGGAACACUACGACAUGUUGCACCGCAACAUUUGUCGGGAAUGCUCGCGAUCAUUUCUGAGUCUUCGUCUAUUAGAUAUCCACAUAAGUGAAACCCAUGAUGCUUUCUUCAAAAUCCUUUCGAAGAAGAAACCAUUGUACGUGUGCUUGGUCGAUGGCUGUCCGAAGACGUUCCAGCACGACGACAAGCGGACCCGGCACCUGAUCCAAGUGCACCAGUACCCGGAGUCGUUUUCGUUCCACCAGCGACGCAACCAGAACAAGAAGAAGGGCAAGGCGGGCAAAGAGAACUCGGGUGCCAAGCAGGAACGGCCUGAGGAGCCUGACGUGGAUGCCGAAACCUUGAAGAAACGCGAGGCGCGAAAGCGGAGACGACAACAGAAGAAGAAGAAGCUCUUGGAACAGGCAAAGCAAGAAGGUUCUGGCAUGCAAGUGGGCGAGGGAAUUCCCCGUGGUGAUCCCAACAUCGAAUCUGCGCAGAGUGAAGUCACCGAUGUCGACAUGGCUGAAUUGGAGGAAAGCAUGCGUGAGCUUCGUAUUCCCAAGAGUAUUCACUUCGGUCGCAAGCGCAGAGUCUAA